AUGCCCCUAGCUCUUGCUGGGUCCUUAGCCUACCCUGUGAUCGCGGCACCGGGCCCAAAAAACGAAGCCUGGAAGAACAAAGCUCUCUCCCCAGCUGAGCGCGCGGAGGCUCUCUUGCCCACCCUCAAAUGGACAGAGAAGAUCGCUCAGCUAGGUGGUAUAAGAAGGCUUCUGGAUCCCAAUUCAUCCUUUAACCGGACUGUCUAUGAUGCACUGUACCCUCUGCAACAUGGUAUACUAAGCUACGGCUCACAGCUGAACCCUGCUGAAAAAGUGUUGCCAUUUGCGAAUAAGGUCCGACAGGAGCAGAUGCAGAAUGGCAAAAUUCCGUACAUUACAGUCACAGAUUCGGUCAACUCCAUCUAUGUGCCUGGAGGUACCUUGUUUCCUGCAACACUGUCACUGUCCACGUCAUGGGACCUAGAUCUGUAUGGCCAAGUAACGGGAGCGAUUCGAGACGAGAACAUGGCUCUCGGGACGCAUUGGGUCCUAAGUCCCGAGCUAGAUGUAGCCAAGGAUCCCAGAUACGGCCGUGUAGGUGAGACCUACGGUGAAGAUGUCUACCUUGUCGGCGAAUUCGCGGCGCAGUAUGUCCGAACUAUGGAAGAGAAAGACAAGAACGGAUUCAUCAAAGUCGCCACAACCGUGAAGCACUUUUUAUACGGACUAGGCGCGGGCGGCAUCAACACUGCAAGCAUGGCCGGCGGCACCAAUCAUUUGUACAACGACCUGGCCCUUCCGUACAUUCGCGUGCUCAAGGAAAACCCUGCGUCUAUCAUGGUGUCGUAUUCCAGCGUCGACCGGGUCCCUAUGUCAAUCAAUAAACAGCUUCUGCAGGGUAUGCUCAGAUCUGAAAUGGGUUUUGAGGGCCUGCUCAUGUCGGACGCCAUGGCCAUUCCACAUCUUCAUACCCAAAGCCUCGUGGCUUCAUCUCUCAAGGAUGCAGCUACCAAGGCCCUACGUGCCGGAUUGCAGCUCGAACUAGCUCCUCAACAACCAGCCGCAUUUCCGACUCUUGUUAACAGUUCGGACGAUCAGGAGAUCGUGAGACUGGUAGACGAAGCAGUGAAGCAGCAUUUGAUCAUCAAAUUCGCAACUGGCAUGUUUGAUCUUCCCCUGCCCACGAUGAGUGAUCUCAAAAAGGUGCUCCGCUCAUCCAAGCAUCUCGAUGUAAAUCGCAAGGCUUCACGCGAAUCCAUCGUCCUGCUGCAGAACAAGAACAAGUUUCUUCCCAAGUCCAAAAUCUCCAAGGUUGCGCUCCUCGGUCCCAUGGCCGACAUUAUGAACCCCGGGAGCUACGCUCCCAGCACGAGCGCGAGGCCCUUGUAUGGACGCACGUUAAAGGGAAGCCUCGAGGCAGCCCUCGGAGCCAAGAACGUCAAGUACGUCAAGGGUGUUGACAUUGCUUUCGUACGUGAUAGUGAUAGUGAGGGCAUCCAAGCUGCUGUCGCUGCUGCAAAGGAGGCUGGCCUUGCGAUUGUGGCUGUUGGCUCUCUGUCCGUAUAUUCUCUGGAUCCAAAUGCUGGUGAGCGUACGGAUGGCGAAUUCUUCACACAUGCCAGCUUGGGCUUCCCUGGUAGUCAGCAACAGCUCCUUGACGCUGUUCUCGACGCCGGCGUGCCCACGAUUGUUGUUCUUAGUGGUGGCCAGUCGUUUGUGCUCAACAACUCAACCAUGCGGGCCGACGCCAUCCUCCACAUGUUUCUUGCUGGCGAGUUCACCGCCGAUAGCGCGGUCGAGAUCAUCCAGGGCAAGGUUAACCCCAGCGGCAAGCUGACUGUGACUAUGCCGCAAGCUGAUGGCGCACUCCCAGUAUACUACGACUUUCUGCCUUCUGAUGCACAAGGCGGCGUAAGCUUCAUUCAGACUCCUAAUGUUUGCGCUACAUAUGACUACAACUUCCCCUGUCUGAAGCGGGGUUAUGCACCAAUGCCAUUCGGCUACGGCCUCAGCUACACCAGCUUCGACGUCUCUGCUCCUAAGAUUACCCGGAAGGGUGACACCGUUUCUAUUUCGGUUAUGGUGGUCAACACGGGCUCCGUUACGGGCAAGGAGGUCGUUCAGGUCUAUCAGAGACUCGCGAAUUCCGAGAUCGAGCUGCCGAACAAACGCCUGAUCCGCUUUCAGAAGGUUGAGGUGAAGCCAGGCCAGAGUAAGGUGGUCGAUUUCAGUAUACCCAAGAACGAUCUUGGUUACUACAACAAUGCCAAGUAUCAAGUCGAAUCAGGGGAGUACAUCUUCUGGACGGGUUCAAGUUCCAAGUUGACUGACUUAAAGAACGCCACAAUCACGCUUUAA